AUGAGUGUCAGAGUAAAGUCUCAAAAGGUGAUCACUUACUCCAGUCGUCAUGUCUACAACAACUUGACUGAGGAACAGAAGGGCCGAGUAGCCUUUGCUUCCAAUUUCCUGGCUGGCGAUGCCUCACUGCAGACUGAGCCUCUGAAGCCCAGUGAUGAGGGGCGGUACACCUGCGAGGUGAAGAAUUCAGGACGCUAUGUGUGGAGCCAUGUCAUCUUAAAAGUCUUAGUGAAACCAUCCAUACCCAACUGUGAGUUGGAAGGAGAGCUGACAGAAGGAAGUGACCUGACUUUGCAGUGUCAGUCAUCCUCUGGCACAAAGCCCAUUGUGUAUUACUGGCAACAAAUCCGAGAGAAAGAGGGAGAGGAUGAACGUCUACCUCCCAAAUCGAGGAUUGACUACAACCACCCUGGCCGCGUUCUGCUGCAGAACCUCACCAUGUCCUCCUCUGGCCUCUACCAGUGCACAGCAGGCAAUGAGGUUGGGAAGGAAAGCUGUGUGGUGUGAGUGACUGUGCAAUAUGUACAAAGCAUCGGCAUGGUUGCAGGAGCAGUGACAGGCAUGUUGGCUGGAGCCCUGCUGAUUUUCCUCUUGGUGUGGCUGCUAAUCCGGAGGAAAGACAAAAAGAGAUAUGAGGAGGAAGACAGACCUAAUGAAACUCGAGAAGAUGCUGAAGCCCCAAAAGCCGGCCUUGUGAAACCUAGCUCCUCUUCCUCAGGCUCCCAGAGCUCAUGCUCUGGUUCCUCCUCCACUCGCUCCACAGCAAAUAGUGCCUCACGCAGCCAGCGGAUGCUGUCAACUGAAGCAGCACCUCAGCCACGGCUGGCCACCCAAGCAUAUAGCCCAGAGCGGCCACAGAGGAGAGGUUCUGAACCAAAGAAAGUCCACCAUGCUACCCUGACCAAAGUAGAAACCACGCCCAGCAUGAUCCCCAGCUAAAGCAGAGCCUCCCAAACUGUCUGA